CACAUGAGUAGUCAGUGCAACACAGCGAGCCACACGCUACACUCCUACUGCUGUUCCUGAACAGUACCCCUGUCGUGCUGCACUUUGCAAGUUAAUUGCACCUGUUUGCUGAGAGAUAGAAGAAAAGACUGACAGGCAUUGCACAUUUCUGUAGUGCCAAACAAAAAGUAACUCCCUUAAGAAACCAAGGAAGCCAACUAAGAGAGGUGACAGAUUUUGCUUGGAACCUCUGUGCAGUGAGAUAAAUAUGUCACAUUCACACACUCACCAUGUGCACCCAACAACGUCGUCUGCUAUCACAGACCACCAUGGGACCAAUAUGACGCCCCCUGAACAAGGCCAUGGGGAUCACAUGAUGAUGAUGCAAAUGACCUUCUACUUUGGCUGCAAAAAUGUGGAGCUGCUAUUCGCUGGGCUGGUCAUCAACACACCAGGAGAAAUGGUUGGUGCGUGCAUUGGUGUGUUCUUGCUGGCUGCGUUCUACGAGGGUCUGAAGAUCGGCCGGGAAGUCCUGUUGAGAAGGAAUCAAGUGAACGUGCGCUACAACUCCAUGCCUGUUCCAGGAGCUGACGGCACCGUGCUCAUGGAGACACACAAAACAGUCGGCCAACGAAUGCUGAGUCUCGCCCACUUUUUGCAGACGUUUCUUCACAUCAUCCAAGUGGUGGUCAGUUACUUUCUCAUGCUGGUGUUCAUGACGUACAACGGGUACCUGUGCAUCGCAGUGGCGGCGGGCGCCGGCUUCGGCUACUUCCUUUUCAGCUGGAAGAAGGCGGUAGUGGUGGAUAUCACGGAACAUUGUCAUUAACCUCUCUUGUGUAUGACCACAAAAACACCCACUUCACAAUCCCAACAUGCAAAUAUUCGUUUUAAUGCUCCAUUUGAUUCAUUUUAUACAAAUUACCAACAUAUUUCAUAUCCCAACCCCUCAUCCUGGUAACAUCAUAUGUGUCCACAGCCUAACAGUCUACCUCCAUAGUACCGAGAGUCAAGAUUGAGAUUAUUUGUAAUAAUUAAGUCUGUUAUUCACAUCUCACAGAUUAUAAUCUUACAGAUUAUUUCAUGACGGUGCUUCUGAGUGUGAUAGAGCCUCACUAAACCCUUUGCCUUAAAUGAGGGAAGACAUACACCCAAAGGGGCGACUGUAGGCUCUAAAAAUCAAACUCGUGAUCUGGUGGACCCAAUGUAAAAGCACUAAUGGAGGGAGGGUGUUUUUUUUCUUCUUCUGAAGUUGUUAUUGUGAGGUGUUUCAAAACGCAGAAACAACCCUUAACAACCAGUGACCAUUGUUUAGACAUAAACACUUAACUGAAUGAUGUUUGAACAAGAAAGAGGGGUUUUGGGACUCUUGAGUUUGCAGAGUUUAAAGCUGAACUUUGCUCCCUUUGGAGUGCUUUUAAGUAAAUAUGGGGAGAUUGGUGAAAUAUAAAUUAUAUCUGAUGCAAGUGUCACAGAUUUCUUUUUGUAAUUUAUAUUCGUAACACUUGACUGUAAUUGUACUUCUUGGCAAUCUUUAUGUAGAUCCUUUUACGUUAUCAUCAUUUUUAAAUGAAAAAUUAUGGCGCAUUUGUGACGUUGAGCAAAUCAUGAGCUGAUAAAAUGUUACAGUCAUUGCUCUGAUAAUUACUGGCUCCUGGAAUAUGAGUUUUAUUUUAUUGAUAGUUAUACUCCUUCACUAAAAGGAGUGUGCCUUUUACAUACGGGACCCAAUAAAAGUGCCCAAAGUGUGUCUCAAUUACCUGUAAACACACAGGAUUUCUUACUAAGAAAAUUGCAAAUCCACAUAUUUUAAAGCCCAUGUGGGUUUAAAUGUUUUCUUGUUUCUUUAUCAUUUUCUCUCUGUAAUUUUCUAAUCUUUUUUUUUUUUUUUUUUUAAUUUUAGUUAAAAGCAGAAAAACUGUUCUGGAAAAUAUAUUCGCAUCCUUUUUGUAGUAGUUGUCACUUUUUGUAAAGUUGGAUUUAAGGUUCAAUUCUUAAUUACAGAGGUGGAGUUUGCAUCAUUGCAUCUACAAGAUCUUAUACAGAAGCACUGAACCUCAUUUCCAAUGUUGUGGCAGUGUUAAAAUUUCUUAGUCCGUUUACAGUUUAGUCACGUCUGUAGAGUUUGAAGUAUAAACCAUACUGUAAUCAUAAGGAAAAUGAGGAAUAAAUGAUGUAUGGUUUCAGCU